AUGAUUGAAACUAUCCACGAGUCUUUUCUGCUUAUUGAUUCGAUAGGACUCGUAGCUUCAAUUCUAUUCAGUUCAAGUGAUGAUAAAUAUCGCCAGAAUGAGAUAAACCAGUUUUUGAUUCAUUCUAGCAAAAACAUUGAGAAUUACUCCAAACGAAUCAACCAUGCUGGAGAAAGGAUAUUAAUUCAAUUGAUCUCCACCAAUCCAUUGAAUUCAGAACUGUUUUCUCGUCUUCAAUUGAGCAUUGAAACUGGUUUAUCCGAGAGAAAUAUUAGCUUCCAAUUGAUUCCAAGUGCUUCAUAUUUCACUGAUAAUGAUACUGCUCAGGUAAAUAAGUUGGACAUUAGGCUUAAAAACAAAAAUUCGUUCUCAGAUUCAAUCAAGUCUGUUCAUCAACUUGAAAACUCAUUAAGUCGCUCAGAAACGAUUAAUGUCCAUGAAGAAAAGUUGUCGCUUUUGGUGUCUUUGCUUCCCUUGCCCCAGGAGAGCAAAAUUGGUGAUUCAAUAGAGGAUAUUAUUGAAAUCUGCAAAAAAUACAACAGCAUUCGAGAAAUUGUUCACCAUUUCAAACACAACUCCUAG